GCCGAAACCCAGGGCCUUAAAGGCUGAGUCAGGGGCAACUGGGCCAGAACCGCCAGUCUCGGCGAUCUUAGAGGAGUUACGUGCGUAUGCGCAGCUGUAGCUGCCACAGGUUUUUGAAACAUGAAUCCCUCACUCUUCCUGGCUACCCUUUGCUUGGGAAUAGUCUCAGCUAUUCCAAAACUUGAUCAAAGUUUGGAUGCACAGUGGUAUCAGUGGAAGGCAACACACAGAAGACUAUAUGGCGUGAAUGAAGAAGGAUGGAGGAGAGCAGUGUGGGAGAAGAAUAUGAAAAUGAUUGAACUGCACAAUCGGGAAUACAGCCAAAGGAAACAUGGCUUCACAAUGGCAAUGAAUGCCUUUGGUGACAUGACCAAUGAAGAAUUCAGGCAGAUAAUGAAUGGCUUUCAAAACCAGAAGCACAAGAAAGGGAAAGUGUUCAGAGAACCUCUCUUUGCUCAGAUCCCGCCAUCUGUGGAUUGGAGACAGAAAGGCUAUGUAACUCCUGUGAAGAAUCAGGGUCAGUGUGGUUCCUGUUGGGCUUUUAGUGCAACUGGUUCCCUUGAAGGACAGAUGUUCCGGAAAACUGGCAAACUUGUUUCACUGAGUGAGCAGAACCUGGUGGACUGUUCUCGGUCUCAAGGCAAUGAGGGCUGCAAUGGUGGCCUAAUGGAUAAUGCCUUCCAGUAUAUCAAGGACAACGGAGGCCUAGACUCAGAGGAAUCCUAUCCUUAUCUAGCAAAGGAAUCAGAUACCUGUAACUACAAGCCUGAAUAUUCUGCUGCCAACGACACUGGCUUCGUGGACAUCCCUCAGCGGGAGAAGUCCCUUAUGAAGGCAGUGGCAACUGUGGGGCCCAUCUCUGUUGCUAUUGAUGCAGGCCAUUCAUCGUUCCAGUUCUAUAACAAAGGCAUUUAUUAUGAACCAGACUGCAGCAGCAAAGACCUGGAUCAUGGUGUUCUGGUGAUUGGCUAUGGCUCUGAAGGAGGAGACCCAAAGAGCAAUAAAUUUUGGAUUGUCAAGAACAGCUGGGGUCCAGAAUGGGGCAUGAAUGGCUAUGUAAAAAUGGCCAAAGACCAGAACAACCACUGUGGAAUUGCCACGGCAGCCAGCUAUCCCACUGUGUGAGCUGAUGGACAGUGGUAAUAGAAGCCUUGAGGACAGCAUAUCUCCAGAGGAAUUUUACCUUAAAACUGAUCAAACCCUUAUUGUGUAAAAUAAGACACUUGAAUCAUUAAGGAUCCAAGUUUUGAUGUGAAUUCUGUGACAUUUUUAUAAGGGUAAAUGUUACCAGUACUUUAAUUACUGUUAUAAAUAGCUUUAUAAUGUUGAAGACUUAUUGCUUAAUUCUAAGACUUUUGAAUUUUUAUUUUUUAAAAGGAUAUAUAAAACUUUACCUUUUAAAAUAAAGUUUAAUUCAAUAUGUA